GCAACUAUCAAAUUGGCCUCGUUGACGACAAAUUAAUGCAUAUUCAGCCUCCGGUUUUCGGGCCACGUAUAGCUGCGACGAACUGACGGCGUUGUCGACAAAGAAGUAAGGAGGAACUGCAAGCUUAAUCACGGUUGAGCCUAUUUUUCAUGCUUUUGUGGGCGUCUUCCUUUCAUCUCAUACCAAGAAGGGGGCCAACAGAUGGAGUAGCAGACUGUAGUAUUAAAGUUACAAACAGGGAUAAGGGGCCUCAGUAUAAGGCCACUCAACGUUUCGAUACGAGGACCUAUCUUCGUCAAAGGCGGCUUCGUCAUCCUCGGCAGGUCCGUUUUAACAGGUGUGUAACGUCAUGACAUUCAGGAGCUUACUGGCAACUUGUCUUCUUCUCACAAGUCUGUUUCUUGCAGGGGCGCAGCAAAUUCGAGACAGACGACGACCGUUCUUCAUUAUCGGCCACAUGGCCAACACUAUGGAAGAAGUGAAUGCGUUCUUAAAAGACGGUGCCAAUGCCGUUGAGGUGGACACUGAGUUUGCCGAUAACGGCACCGUGCUCGGGACAUACCAUGAAACCUUUCCUUGCGAAUGUUUUCGGGUCUGCGGCAAGCGAGAAAAAAUCAAAACGUUCCUAUCGCACAUCCGCGACAUUACUGGCACGCCAAGCUCGCCGUACGCCGGAAAAAUGAUACUUUUAUUCCUCGACUUGAAGACCUCCAAGCUUCCCGCCUCCUCCAAGUUCACGGCCGGACUGACCCUUGCUGAAAAUCUUGUCCACCAUCUCUGGUAUGGCGUGUCUAAAACAUACCGUAUGAACGUCUUGCUUUCCAUCGGAUAUGUUGAAGACAAAGAAGUUCUGAGAGGAGCCAUUAAGUAUUUGAAGCAGAAGGAAUAUUCCGAUUUUUUGCACAAUGUUGGUUACGACGUCGGUAUGAACGGCGAUCUAAAGAGCAUCAAGCGCAUGUACGGCAAGUUGGGCAUCAGACGUCACCAGUGGCAAGGUGACGGUCUCAUGAACUGCUUUCGAUUCCUGAUACCAGAACACAGGCUGAUAGAGGCAAUCAGGCAACGCGAUAGGCCGGGCGGUUAUAUCGACAAGGUGUACUACUGGACCGUCGACUUGCCGCCCUAUAUAGCGAAUGCUAUCAGGGUUGGAAUUGAUGGCAUCAUUACCAACAAGCCUUACAACGUACGUGACGUUGUGGUAAACGAGUUUGCAAAUCAACUGAGGGUCGCCGGUGCAGGUGACAACCCAUGGAAAAAAUUUCGGAGACCUCGGAAGGAGGCAAACAACGAGGUAGAUGUUUACACCGACAUACAGGAAGAAGAGUACAUCAAGAAUCUGUUACCAGAGUCCACCAACAUGCGGCCUCGUUGAUCACAAACUGUUUUCUCUGUUAUACAUUUGCACCCCUCACGGGGUAAAAUUUUAUGUUACUUGCGAACUGUCGACGCACGCUGCAAUUUUCCGAUUUACAAUCGUCGGGUUGUGCCCAAACUUUAUUUGCGCAAACAAAAUAUUCACAACAAAGAUAAAUUUACAUUCAAAUUGCAACAUAUAAGGACUGAUGAGGAUCGUUUAGCUAAUCUUAUUUGUAUCUUGUUGAGAACAAAUGCGCAACUUCUGACCCUUAUCAGGCGGUGAAACCAGCUAAGCGCAGUAACAUGUACAUAGAGAAAUGUUCUUUUAAUUCGCUUUUGUAUGCCAAGCAUACUACUUUCAGCGAAGCUAAGACAACUCCGUGAAAAGGCGAGUUAAAAAAAUUCAGCAAGGUGCCUGUGUUGCAACAGCCACGGAAACCACCUCAGUUUUUGUGGCGAAAGCAUAAUCUGGCUAUGAACUCUCGGCCUGCGGGAACUUAUACGCAGUGCAAGUUGGAAGACAUAUUCACGAAAGCGUUUUUAAUGAGAAAAGCUUUCACUGAACGGUAACUAUGCAAACCAUAGUCUAAGCACGAGUAUGCUCUCGAUACAUAUACAUAGCUUAAAUAAAAUAGAUUUGUAGUACAUAGAUAUUUGCAGCAAUGACAAUAUAUCAUGUUGCCAUACUGAAAAAAAAAACGGCAUAUUGUGACUGCUGCAAUUAUCUGCAUUCCGAUGGAGGAGAAAUGCAAGAACGCUACUCAACUUACAGUAUUCCGGAGUCCCUCGCUACGACGUACCUCAGUCAUCAGUCAUAAUAUGGUUUCGGCACGUAAAACCACAGAAUAUUUUUCAAACUAAAGAACAACUAUGUAAUGCUGUUGUCUCCCUCUUGUAGAGUAUGACGAAGCUCAAAACAAGCAAGUGCAAAGAAUUAACAUUUGUAUAUAAGAAAGCAACUUUUUAACAAAAGAAAAACAAGAAAAUGCACAUCAGCCAGCUCGAGUUGCCGCCUUAGUCAACAUCAACGUUAGCUCCACUGGCCGAGCAAGCACUCGAUAUCGGAUGUGUACGUAAGACAAAGCAACAGGUUGGCACGCUGACAAAAUACGGCCCUGUUGAACUUAAAGCAUCUCGGUGAUCUUUUUUGCGCUGCUUCGCGAGCCCAACAAUUCAGGUAAUAUUUGCCGAGCAAAGCUUAUCUCGCGGCACUAGUAAACCGAAAGGUAAGCAUUUUCCGGCAUAUCUCAGUUAGUCAAUAAAAUAAAAUGUGCUGUUGUCAAAGAGGCAUUUAUUAUUUAUAUAGUCACCCUAUUUGAAGAGGUAAAAAGAUAUGCGACCACGAUAUAUUCGCUCAGAUUCACGACAUCUAUACUUUUCAGUGCCUAUACGGCACGUAGGCUUUCGGGUUCCACACAUUUCCAUUCAGCGGAAAAGAUUUUAACUGUGCUACGCAACCGCAGACUGACACGCCCACAAGAUGGUCUUCUGCGAUAGAAAAUGUCGACAAGAUGUGCAAACGAGGUAUUUUGCAGUUCGCAAAAUGCACUGUUUUUCUAUAUACAUUAAGAAAAGUACUUUCUCAGUUAGAAUUGCAGGGCACCCAUUAAAGGAAUAGCAAAGUAUUUCGUUACACAGUUUGGAAAUAGCUGUCUCACAACUGGAGUAAGCCUCGGAAAUCCUUAUCAGAUGAUCAGCCUUACGACUCCGCCGGCUGCAAUUUAUAUAUUAAAAUAUGGGCCCUAAUGUUAUUUGGUCAAAAUUAUUUAUUUAAAUUCGCUAUUUGUCAAUAAUAAUUUUAAUUUAUUCUGAAAUAGUCUCAAUAAAUAAUCCGGUUCUAUGAGUUGGCUAGUGUUGUCUGCCAC